UGGCUGAAUACAUCGUUAGAUAUACGUAAGAAACCCUCCACGACACAGUAUACUCCAUUGACUGCCUCACUUGAGUUCAGAGCUUUUGCGUGUUUUUCAAUUCUCUGGGAGACGGGCGAAGGGCGGGAAGUAACGACCCCCAAUAACGAUACGAUACUUCAUCAUGCUGUUGCCAUGGGAGACAACCAUAUAAUAAACAUGGUAAACAAACAAGACGAUAGUAUUCGUCUACGUCAAACCAAAAACGCACAAGGUUACAUUCCAGCUAUGAUUGCAGUUCUUUUAGGGAAACACGAUAUCGUUCCUGUGUUAAUAGAUGGUCUAGAUUUUGAAUCCCUGAUUGGAGGUCACUCUGAACACGACAUCACGGACCACGUCUGCCUACUGUGUACUCUUGACUUAUGCAUCGGAUGGUCAAAUAUAUAUCAAAAAUACUUAAACUCUUCUGACUCAGAACUCUCGGAAAGCAAUAAACCCAUUCGAAAUGUAUGGAAUCCAAAUGAACGUGUCUGUAAUCAUCCGACUAACCUAAAAACCAUUUUUGGAUGGGUAAAAAACAUCCACCCUUCACUAAAAGACGAAAGUACCAAAGAAGAAGGUGGCAAAAUAUUAAAGGCUGCACUCGCUGCCAUGGGAUUUAAAGGUGGACGUCAACAUGUUGGAUUGAUAUUAAUGCAAAGUAGACAAGCGCUGCCAAUUCUGGAAGUACUGUCACAUCCUGGAAUGGACGAUAUCGCAUCUGAGAUGAUAAAGGAACACGAUGUUAUAUCGGCAGAAGUCGCAUCGGGUGUCAUCGGACGUGCGAUCCAGUACAAUCGUAUCCAAACUAUCAAACUUAUCGGAGAAAACUACAAAGAUAUCCUUAUAAAUCCUGCAAACGAGUCACUAAUGCAUGCUAUUAAUUUGGGUAAUAUGGAACUCGUUGCUUAUAUCAUGAACCUUAUACAAGAAUCAGGUACUAAAAUCGACGAACAUUUGACCAAACUGGCUGAGAUUAAAGAAGCUAUUCCUUUGCCGAUCAGUUUAGUCUGUGGAUACCGCAAACCCGGCGAUGAGAAAUGGGAUUCGGAAACCAAUCGAAUCAGCGAUUCCGAUUGCUAUGAAAUAAGUACUUUCAUAAAGUCUGAUGUACUAAAUAUUAUUGAUUCAUAUGCGAUAAUGGAGUCUAUAAUACCAAGCAUGAUGUACGGGAAGAAAAUAAAUGUUGAUACAGCUACGUUUGAGAAGCAGUGUCCAACCAUAUCGGGUAUUGCACUACGAAGGCAAAUAGUAGUCCACAUACUACAGAGAUACCCAUGCCUGAUAUCUUUCGACACUGAUGCCUGGAAACAAAUAGAAUCCAUACGUGUUAUUUGCACGAACAGUUCCGAACCCACGUUGAUACGCCAGGAUACUGCUCUCUUGGAUGCUGUGCAGAUGAAGUCAGGAGAAUCUGGUUCUUCUCCAAGGUUUAAUUGUUCCAGUGCACCUCCUGAAGAAGUUUCCUUUGCUGGCCUCCUAAAGAUGAAGAUUAUCAGAGAUGUUAUUCCAGACCUUGAGGAAAGGGUUAAGGACGAUCUAGACAUUGAUGUUAAUAUAAGAGUCAACUGGUCUGCCAUCCAGAAUCAGGCACUGACCACCUCUGCUGUUCUUACUAUUAUGGAAGAAAGUGUUUGGUCUCGACUUGGUGGGCUUGAAAGUGUACUUCAUUCGUGUUCCCUUUACAUGGAAUUCAUCAAAGAUCAUUACCCAAAAGAUAUGUUAGAGAGUGUUAAAACAUUACUUAAACCCGUAAAAGAAAUUGAGGUCCGAUACGUGAAGACGUUCUCAUCUUCUGGAAGGCAAGGCUAUGGGAAACUGGGGUCUGUAAUAUCGUGGGAAUUCACAAUCAGUGACGGUCAUUUACAAUACGACUCCGAGGCAUUUCCACUUUACGAAAUCUUAAGAACAUGUUAUAUCGCUUACAUCUGCAUCUAUGGCGAUGGACUCCUCCUCGACCAAACCGAAGAUGAAUACAAUAUUUUUGAUUUCCAAAAGAUCACAACGGGAAAUGAAUUCAUCUUAGAGCUGGACAUGAUGAGCUUCGACAUUCUUGGCAGAUCUGCAAGAAAGUAUUUUGCGCACAAUCUGCACCCAGAGAUAUCUUCAAUAGUUAUGGCCAGGAGUCUCCUUUCUCACAUCCCAUUACCUAUAGAGAAACUGGUAAUUAAAAAUUCUCCAGUCAGCAGCAACUGUAGUUUCACAUAUUCCAGAACGGAUCGAAAUCUUCUCAUCAAUGUUCACGCCACAAAAACAUUUAACCAGUGGGGUUUGGCCACCAUUGAUUAUGAUCGUGAAUUUUCCAAACUUGAAAGAGAUCAAGUUCUUCAAGGGAUCAACAUAUCAAUAUGGUACGCUGUUAUAGAAUCUGAGAUAGGCAAAUUAUUUGUCAAAGCUGACCUGCCCAUAAAACUUGUUUUGACAGAAUCCGACGUCAAAGACUUAAUUGUUGUAUCCAGAGUAGCUGGGUUACCACAACGGAUUUCCUCGGCAGAAACAAUUGCUGAUUGGAUACAUUCGGCGUGUUUACGUUUCAUGAAAGACAUAGCAGGCAUUGUCGAUUUUAUUUUUCAAAACUACUGCAACUGUUGGCCACUAGGGAACUUUAAAAUUCCAUCAGGACUAUGGCAACUGAUCACAGAACAAAAUACAAGUAAUGACGAAUCGGACUCAGUAUUGUUGAAGUUAGAAAAACACCCUUCUUUGAACUUCAAAUUGGAGAGUAAUACAUCACAUAUUCAGAGAAAUUGCAUUUGCUGGAGAUUCGUAUCGUUUGAUAAGCAGGGCGAGAUGAUUGGAGAAGGCCCUCUGUGCAUGGUUAGUUUUAAUGGUGUGCUGUAUUUCGCACCAGACAAGUCAGCCGUUCUCGCAAUUCUGAAGAUUUUGCCCAAGGAGGCAUAUCCCCACAUUCUGUCAGCUAAAGAUCCAUUAACAUUUACUACUAAAGGUUAUUAUUCCAAGGAUGUGAUUCAUGAAUCAUCUUUUCUUCAAAGAUGCAGAAAGGACACAGAAACAUUCUGUCACUUCGAUAACCAGCUACUUAUACCAUGGCAACGGGCAUUAGAAAAUAAUGUGAACAUUUUCAUGGAUGUAGAUGCUAUGCGAACGAUAUGGAAAGCACAAGCUAGUUUUAAAGUAAUCACCAUUUCAAAUUAUCUACGUCAUACAUUAGAUUCUUUUGCAACAACAAAAGAACUGAGAGAUAUUUAUUUAGAACUGAUAGACUUCGUCAGUAUCGGAGUUGAAUAUGGCGCGAAAUCAAUUCAUACCAUUAAAGGUGAACAGUUCAAGGAAAAUGUCAACAUUGCAAUAACCUCUUCAUCUAGCAUCCAUAUUGAAUUCUUUUCCGAUGAUGUAUCAGACAUCGAAUUUACUUUUAAGAUGGCCCUUGCGCAUCUGAGAAGUAUGAAGCUAACCCAAGAAAUAAAUGAGACACUCCGGAAGUACAGUUUCAACAUAGACGUGGAAGUAAUCCAAUUAAGGUCCCCGGGAAAGUUUGAGUAUUAUAUGGAAAGCUGUUCGAGCUUGAAGGAAGUACUUUGUGCAGCUAUUUCCUAUAUCAAUGACAUCUAUGAUAAACCACAGGCCAUCAUCUUUGGAGAAUCUACAAAACUUUGUAUUGAUCCGAACAUUUCUAAUAAAUUCCAGCCAUUUAUUCAAUAUAAAGAUCACACACUAUUCGUGUAUUCUCCUCGCUAUGUUAUGUUCCAGGGUUCCGAGUUCGUGUCAUCAGUCCUAGCUAAUAAUACGGAAACAGCUCUACAGCGCAAGAAUAAUCUUGUAUUGUUUGAACCUUUUGUUAUAGAGAAUGAACUGUGUGUUGAGGAAGGGCACCGUCUAAUAUUCAAGUGUCUCUAUUACAAUAAUGAACAUAGUCCCGAAUAUUUAACAAAACUUGCAAAACAAGAAUUUCACGUUUACACCAUAGAACAGAAUCAUGGCGAUCAAGUUGAGAUUAAGGGGAAGUUGGAGUACGCCAUGCUGAAUAAAAACACGAUUGAAAUUAAAUUAAGAGAAUUAAAUAAUGAUUUAAGAUACCGAUGUGAAUUAAAAUACUGGAAGCAAAGCAGCUUCAGAAGAAUGCGCUUCCUAAAGAAGUAUUGGGAUUGUGUGACUGAACAUGCGCUUUACAGCAAUGGUUUGUUUCGACUUGCUGUUUACCCAACAUGUCAAUGUGAUGACCAUGCUCCAAAAUGUCCGACCACAGUUCAGAAGAAGCAGCACGAUGAAGAUGUACCAAAUGUCUUUUGCUUCAAGAGGUAUGCCGGAGGAGUGAUUUUUGAGUUCCGAGGCAAGUCUGUUAUUCGGUGUAAUGUAUUAUCUAUUGAUCCCAAAAGUUCACCAUACUUUGUAAUCUCAUUGAAGUCUUGUGCGGACAAGAAGAAAGUCUUUGUGAGAGCUGCGUGUGCCCAUUGUGGGCAAAAAUGUGAAAUCCCGUACCCAAAUGGAACAUCAGUUGAUGGUCAGUGGUUGGUAAUAUGCGAGCAGGAUAAAUAAUGAUUUACAAACGAAGACAUUUUACUCGUACAUCUGGGUGGGAUGGUGCAACAUUUCCUAACAGACAACAGCAACACUUAGGUUUAACUUGAACGCUUCUCGAACAAUUCGUCCGUAUCUUUUAUAUUCGUGUGGUCGUAUGUUGUCCUCACAUCUGUCCGUCCAUCUACCUUAGCCUCUUGAGACUACUCUACCCGGUUAUUUUUCUCAUUAGUGAGAUUCAGAAUUCCUGUCGAUUUCAACAAUUUCUUAUAAUUACUUAUAGAAUUAUUGUCUUUGCGAAGGUUAUCGAAUUUUGAAAGCCACUCUAAUUUUCGCCCCAUUUGGUACUAUCUAAGGAGAAAAAAUCACUAUCAGAGAUACUCGAAAUGUACAAUCGGUUAUUUUUUUGGACUGGGAACUGGUCCCCAAACCUACUCGCCAUGUUGUUCUUCGAAAACAACCCACCGCGCCUAUUCAAGUAUGAUCGAUUUGAAACUGUGUAUCAGCUUUUAUAUGACGUCACAAUUCCAAGAUGACGUCAUGCUCAGUUCCUGGUCCAUGCAGUACUAUUGUACGUAUCAAUAACGACCAAUAUACCUGAAUUUCCGAUAUUUGCUUGCCUUGGGAUAUGUUCUAGCUUCCUAUUGGCGAAUGUUUCGUUGAAUUUAUUCUUCUAAUUUGAUAAAUUUGUUAUGGCAAUCAACCGGGGGAUAAAACCUAACGAGAGAAGUAUUACCUGUUUGAUUUAGGCAAAAGAAAUCAGCGGUUGCCUAGCAAGAUACGUCCACAUUUUGCAAGAGAUUGACAGAGAACAAGCUAAAUAAAAUUCUAUUUUUUGUAAAAGUUUACCUUUUAUAAGAGAGUCUUAUUUUAUCUUCUGAUCAACAUAAUAUUUUAUAAGAGUGUUAUCUUCCGGUUGAUGCAUUUUAUAGAUUAUUUCUUUUUUGUUUUAAAUCUGAACUGCUUUAUUAGUGUUAAGUGACUGUUUUGGUGGGGUUUUUUGGUUUUUAUUUCGAUAAUGAAGUUUUUUGAGAGUUUUCACACGGAUUCCGUCAUUAAGAUACCUUAUAUUAUUCCGAAUCUCAACCAUUAACCUAAGCUGAUUAAAAUACAGAUCUAUAUUUCGUUUCGUUUUUUUAUACUUUGAACGGCCUCUACUAUAUGAAGAUCUGAACAGUUGUAGUGGGAGGUCAUGUCACUGUCAGGGGUCAUACGACCGGCUUUUGACCUUAUGACGUCAGACAUUUGAUUAACCAAUCAGGGAUGGAAUAUCGACAGUCCCGUUGCAACAGGCCGUUUCAUUGUCUAAUCCCCCACAUCAACCAGAACGCGGGUUAUAUAACAACUCUUCCAGAUCCUAGUGUAGUAAAGACAAGUAAAACGAAAUUUUGAACUAUAACAAAAACGAAACGAAAUAGGAUCUGUGUUUUAAUCAGAUAGCCAUUAACCUAUCCAAAAAAGGGCAUCUCUGAACUUUAAAGUAUCUACACCAUAUAUUAUUGAAACUUGUGUGCAAUGCGAAAGAAUACAUUUACUGAUUACAAAUUCUAACAUACUCGUACACGUCGUAAAAUGGCUUGAAAUAUAUCUGUGAAAACAGUAUUGUUGGUCGUUUGGAAGGGAAUCUGUGUGACAAUUCUUCAAGACCUUCGAAGAUUCGGAAGCUGAUAAUUUUAAAUAAAGUGGCCUUACCGGUCUGACUAACCUCUCACCCUCUAAAUAACUAUAUAAGAAAAGCCUUGAAAAGAGUCCGGCUUGUAGUUGCCAUUAAUACAUAAUGUUAUAUAAUAUUUGUUAUACGUGUGAUAUUUUAUUAUUCAAUGAUUAAAACUGAUUUUU